GCACAAGGCACGCGCAUUUCAAGGGUGCCAAAUAUAAUAUAACUAAUGUGGAGUAAGAGCAGCUCUGAAGCUUGCCGGCAUGGAGAGAGGAGGGUUUAGCAGUGAGAAUCGGCCACGCGGUCGAAGUGAUGAAUGUGAUAAUUGGAGGAACAAGUCAUCUACCAAUAACACCAGCGACACUUGGUCUAGCAGGGGACGCAGUGGAUCCUCACAAAGUUCUUCUUGGAGACGCACAUCAACAGCUUCUAGUUCUUCAUCUUCUGACCAGUCAUGGAGGAACCAGCCUCCUAGUCCUUCUAAUGCCUCACGAGGAGGGACUUCCAGAAAAUCUGCCAUUAAAAGAGGUAAAGUUGUUACUUUGCAAUUGAGUGAAGGCUAUGGUUUUCUUGCUCCAAUUGUCCCAGAGGGGCAGUGGCAGCAGAACAGUAGCAGCAAUGUAUAUUUUAGAGUAGGAGAGAAUACUAAAACAGAGAUAGGCCUGUUUGAACUUAAAAUUGGUGAUGUGCUUGAAUACAUUACGAAUGAGUCAGCAGAGAGUCCAAGGUGUCUGUAUGCAUGUCUAGUGGAGUGUAAGCUGAGAAGCCUAGAAGAUUUGCUUUCCUACUUGAAUGAGCUUUUAAUGCAUUGUAAGAGCAACCCAGAAAGAGUUUUGCAAGAGACUACUAAAUGCCCGGCUGGGUUUCUUCAGCUUCUCAACUACAAAAGUCCACCACUUGAUCUUGUGAGCCCUGUAAUGGAGCUAGUUACGAUUAUCUCUGACUAUAAUCAGGCCCCACUAUAUGCUACGAGGUUAAAGAAGUUUUACAGGCUUUUCUCUGGUACCAUUCUCUUACAACGCUCUCUUAGGGAACUCCGCCCUCUGAUAGAGGAGAAUCGGUUUAUAAACUUUUUGGCGCGCAUAGCAACGCACAACAGCCAGAGUGUUGCAGAGGUAUUACCCCUCCUGAAUGACAUGGUGAAAGAUAAGGGCGGCGAAAAGCUUGAUUGCCACUGUGAGUUUCUUUUGCAUAUGCUUACUGCUCAAGCUGGUGAUGCCAUAUCUGCGUGUAAUCUUGAACGGAGUAAGAUGCAGUUGGUCCCUAUGGAAUCUGAGAUGACAGACAGCUUGACAGAUGAGGCCUCUAUGGAAAUUUAUUUUAAAGGGUUGCCGUAUGUUAAGACGGAGGGAAGCUACGGGUCAGUUGAGGAGUAUAUGGACACUUACUUCCGAUUGCUCAAGGAGGAUUGCUUCUGGGGUCUGAAAAAGGGAAUAUCUGAUCUGAAGAAGAACAAAUGGGACCCAAAGGACAUGAGGGUUUGGCCGAAUGGGGUCCUCAUAGGAUUCCAUUUCGGUGGAAGCUAUUCAGGGUUAACCAUAGCAGUGGCAACGGAAAGGGUGUACAGCAGUAAGUGUCUUAAGGAGGGAAACCUCAUUUGCCUGUCUGAUGAUGGAGGGAAUUUCGAUUCCCCGAUUUGGGGCAUUGUAGCGCAUUGUGAGGAUGCCGCGGAAAAAAUGGUAAUGAUCUUUGUAGAGAUUGUGGAAGGAAGAGGUGGCUCUGCAGUGGUAGAAAUUGAAGCAAUCGGUCGUCUAUUGGCGGCCUCUAGGAUUGUUAUUGCAGAAAGCCCUACAUUUUAUAAGGCCUAUCAACCCGUGUUGAAAGCUUUACAAGACAAGGAUCUUGUGAAUUUUCCAUUUGUAGAAGAGCUUGUCUACGGACACUGGCCAAGCUGCCCUCCAGAAUAUCUUACUCCCUCGACAACCCUGGACUGGAGCUGUCUGUUUGAGAAGAAAGGUCAGAUCUUCCCUGAUGGAAGUUUAAAUGAUAAUUUAAAAUUCCCAACACUUUUUCCCUUUUUGAGAGCACCGGUCUCUGAACUGGACAAUUUGCUCACUAGUGGAUGUAGAAUGAGCCUUGAUGAGAGCCAAACUGAGGCACUUAAGCUCGCCUUAAGCAACCGAUUAGUUUUGAUUCAAGGGCCCCCUGGCACAGGCAAGACAUAUCUUGGAGUAAAACUGGUGCGCCUUCUUUUAACAGCAGAUACUUUACCCACUGGUCCGAUACUUGUGAUCACUUAUAAGAAUCAUGGUUUGGAUAAUUUUUUGUUGGGUUGCUUGCCAUUCUGCAAAAAUUUGGUGAGGGUAGGAAGGAGAAGUACUGAACUUGCGCUCCAGGAUUACAAUUUGAGUGUGAAGGUUAGCCGGGUGGACGAAUUUUCGUCUGAAUGGACGGCUUGCAGGCAUCGGUUGCAGGAAAUUCAAUACAAGAUGGAGAUGGCUCUUAAUAGCUUAAUAGAUAGUAAUGCUUUCGAUUCAGAAACGCUAAUUACUCACAUGCCAGAUAGGCAACUAAGGCUAUUGCUCUCCAAAUCACAGUCUGGUAAACAACUCCUCGAGAAUUUUCCUGAGGAAACCCCGCUUGGGGAAUCUAUUAGAGGCAAAAUUGGUGAAAGCACGGAAGCAAGACGUUUUACUACCUCGUUGCAUAAUGCAAUCUCAAGACAAAUUCGUGAGUGGAAGCCGCCCAUGAAGACGUUCGAACUUGUGGAGAAUUGUUUCUCUCAUUGUAAGCCUCAACGAGUAGUAGAUGAAAUUUUGGCUUCUAAUAAGUUACGCAGAGGUACCGAGGGAUACAGUUAUCAAGACGAAGUUGAAGAGGAUCCAAGCGAAGAUGAAUCCAUGGAGGAUUUCUGGGUACCUGGUUCAAAGAGAUCGCAAGACAACGGAUCGUGGCUAGAGAACAACUUCUUUCCUUUCAAAAGAGAAGAUGAUGGCAACUUAUUCUCAAAGCGAGUUAAUUUACAUAUAGACAUAGACAAAUAUCGAUGGCUGCUGAACGAGAAUCCCUGGCACUUAAAUGAACACUGCCGCGUACUAUUAGUACAUGUGAUAAUGCAAACCCAAUAUGAGCUGGGUUUGAAAAGCCUUGCAGAUUUAAAGAAGGAAUACGAUGAAAUCUGUGAGAUGAUGAAAGAAAUCAAUCAACGUCGGCAGCUGCAAGUGCUUCAAGAGGCUAGCAUUGUUGGGAUGACAACGGCCGGUGCAGCGAUGCAUCUCAGUGUUCUUAAAAUGCUCAGACCGGCAAUUGUUUUUGUGGAAGAGGCCUCAGAAAUUUUGGAACCUCAAGUGUUGGCUGCUCUUCAACCCAGUGUACAACAUCUGAUUCUUAUUGGGGAUCAUUACCAGUUAUCACCCAGUGUAGCAUGUUAUGAGCUGGAGCUCUGGCAUGAUUUCUCAGUGUCGAUGUUUGAAAGAUUGGUUGAAUACAACAAGUUUCCCUUCCAAUCACUUGCUGUACAGAGCCGCAUGAGAGAGGAGUUUCUACCCAUGAUUUUGCCCAUAUAUCCACAUGUAAGAUCAAACACCGAGCUUGUUAGAGGGAGAAGGAACGAGGCGCCUUCUUGUAUUACAACUCCAAUGCAUUUUUGGUCUCAUACAUAUCCAGAGACUAAACACGAAAACAGUUACGCAAACAAAGGAGAAUCAGAAAUGGUGGUUGCCCUUUUAAGUUUGAUGCUAGCCGAAGGAGAGAAUCCUCAGAAUAUAACUGUACUGGCAGCCUAUAAUGGACAGGUGUCUUUGUUGAGAAAAAAAUUGGAGGGAAAGACAGGUGCUAAAGACGUUCAAGUUCUUUCGAUCGAUAGAUUUCAAGGUUCAGAGAAUAACAUUGUGAUUGUAUCCCUCGUAAGAUCCAAUGACGAUAGAAACAUUGGAUAUCUAGCUAGGCGAAAUAGGCUCUGCAUUGCUGUUUCCAGAGCAAGAGGAGGCCUAUAUUUCUGUGGCGAUCACAAUUUGUUUUUAGAAAAGUCUCCGCAUUGGAGAACCCUCAUCGAGUAUUUCAAAGAGCGGGAAUGUGUCAGCGAGCAAAUGUAUCUUCGUUGUCCAAGACAUUCUUGCGACCCUCCUUUUUUACUGUGCAAUAAAGAUGCGUCUUCUUUCAAUCCUCUUUUCUGCACAAGGCCUUGCAGGGCUGUUCUUGAAUGCAGUCACCUGUGCUCGAGUACAUGUCAUCAUGGGGAGCAUCCGCCCUGUGGCGAGCAAGUUCUAUUUCAGUUCCGAAGUUGUGGCCACGAAGCAACAAAGCGCUGCUCACAAGACGAGGAAACAAUACUCUGUUCGGAGGAAAUAAGCUACAAGUUUAAGAAGUGUGGACACACAGAGGUCUUUAAAUGCUGGCGAGUUAUGAAGAAGCAAGGUUUGCUUUGUAUGCAUUCCUGCCCCAGGGAGUUGGAGUGUGGGCAUCCAUGUUCUCUCAAAUGCUACAAAGAUUGCAAAGCAAAUCCAUGUGGUAUUUGUAUUGAGAUAGAAAAGGAAAAGGCGGCAAAAGAGAAGGAACGGGAGGUUAAGGAACUUUCAUUGAAAAAGGAAGAACUGAAGAAAGAAAUUUCGAAAUUGAAGACACAGAAUGUGACUGAAGAGUCAUCAAUCUCAGAGAUUGAUUCAGAGAGUGAGACGGCUGCAGAAUAUUUGCUGGUUAGAGACCGAACGGAAAAAUUCAUCCAGCCAAAACAUGGUAUUCUUCCUAUUGUGACGAAGAUUGAAAAGGUGUCUAGCGUGCAUUUAAAAAUCAAGUUUUUAGAGACUCAGAAGGAUCUCAUCAGUCCCACUUCUCCCACGCAACUUCUCUUCCACGGAACUAGUGAUCAAGGCAUUCAAGGGAUUAUCAAGAAGGGCUUUGAGCUUCCACCCCCAGAUAAACAAAAUAUGUUUGGACGGGGGAUUUAUUUUGCUACCGAUUCUUCCAAGAGCGCUCAACAAAUUUACACAAAAGGGAGCAACAAACUCUUACUCUGUGAGGUUCUUCUUGGGAGGACUUGGACGGUGCAACAAGUUAAUCCAUAUAUGGCUAAGAUGGAUAAGCAGCAAAUUAAUAAAAAGGGAUACGAUUCUCUGUUUUCAAAGAGAGACGGAAAAGGCAAAGGAGGCACUCUUUAUGAUGAAUUUGUGGUGUACGAUCCUUAUCAAGCGAUUCCCCGAUAUAUAGUGCACUAUAAAAACCUGGCAUUUGAUCCUGCAGCAAUCUCCUGGCCAAUUUCUGUCGACCGCAACCUCACCAGAGUGCAGUAUGAAAUGUCUCAAAAUUUCACUGGUGAUACCCCUGCCGAAUACCAUUUCAGACUUGCAGAGUCGCAAUUUUUUAGGAUGUCUAGCAGGAACGAUUAUAAGGUAAUAAAGGUUGAGCAUAUAUUGAAUAAAAAAUUGCAAAUGGUAUAUGAGAAAGCCAAAGAAGAACUCGAAAAGCAGAGGAAAAGUGUGGAAGAGAUGUUAGUCUUUCAUGGAACUGACAAAGAUGCCAUAGAGAAGAUUAUAGAAGAAGGCUUCAAGAUAGGUGGCCAAGGAGUGGAGGUGCGACAUGGAACCGUAUAUGGGAGCGGCGUAUACACUGCCCUAGAUCCUCACACAUCAAUCAACUAUAGCAGAGGAGGAAUGAUCCUUCUCUCCUCUGCUUUAAUUGGUGAGAAAGGUAACGAUUUCAACGAAGGAGCUUCUAGCGACGUGCUUGUGCUUCACAAAACAGAGUACCUGCUACCAAAGUACAUAGUCCAUUUUGUGAAGAAAUAGCUGAUGUAUAGCCAUAACUACACUUCCAAAUUCGCCUGAAUUUUGGAAGUAAAAUAGAAUACUUGGUACCAAAAUACAGAAUCCGAUCCUUUUUGUAAAGAUAAGUAACGUAUAGCUAUCACUACACCAGAAUUCACCAGAAUUUUUUAGUUAAAACAGAAUACUCGCUCUACCAAGGUACAAAAUCCGUUCUGUAAAGAAAUUGUGGAUGUAUAGCUGUUACUAAACUUACCUAUUCCAGAUUAGCCCGAAUUUUGGAGGCAAAACAGAACACUUGAUACCAAGCAGGUAAUCCAUUUUGUAAAGAAAUAGUUAAUGUGUAGCUGUCACUAUACUUACCUAUCUCAGACUUCCUGAGUUAUGAGGUAAUACAGUUGCUAACAGAGUACAUAAUCCAUCUUGAAGAGAAAUAUAUAAUGUAUAGCUGUCACUACACUAUUCCAGACUUGCCUGAAUUUGAGAGGUCUGGAACUGAUAUAUAAUGGAAUUUUAAUGAUAUUUUAAUUUUAUAAAAGGAUCUUUAUAUCA